AUGGGUCACUUACCUGGGGAAGAGAUGAACAGGAUGCAUUAUGGGAAGAAGGAGAAAUGCGUGGCGGCGUUGGCUCGUGUGGAGCGCACAGACUUCCUGUCACCCAUGUGUAUCGGGGAAGUGGGUCACGUCAGUGCGGAAAUCACCUACACGUCAAAGCACUCGGUGGAGGUGCAGGUGAACGUCCUGGCCGAAAACAUCCUGACAGGAGCGAAGAGAUUAACCAACAGAGCGACUUUGUGGUACGUGCCGCUGUCUCUGACCAACGUGGACAAAGUCACCGAAGUUCCCCCAAUUCAGUACGAGAAUGAAGGAAAAGAGGAGGAGGGGAAGAAGAGGUACGAAAAUCAGAAACUGGAUCGUCUGGAAACCAAACUGAGAAAUGGCGACAGCAUUGUUACCGUCAUUAACCCAGACAGACAAAAUAAAGAGCCGUACACGGUGGGAUAUAGUCAGUCCAGUCUGAUCCAUCUGGUGGGGCCCUCGGAUUGCACACUACACGGCUAUGUGCACGGCGGUGUUACAAUGAAGUUAAUGGACGAAGUGGCUGGAAUUGUGGCCGCCCGCCAUUGCAAGACCAACAUCGUUACAGCUUCUGUGGACGCCAUUAACUUCCAUCGCAAGAUUCAGAAAGGUUGUAUCAUCACCAUAUCGGGGCGCAUGACCUUCACCAGCAACAAAUCCAUGGAGAUCGAGGUGUUCGUGGACGCGGACACGCUGGUCGGUGACACCCAGGAGCGAUAUCGCGCCGUCAGCGCCUUCUUCACCUACGUGUCUCUGAGCAAAGAACUCAAACCGCUUCCCGUCCCCCAGCUUGUGCUGGAGGCUGAAGAUGAGAAGAAACGGUUUGAAGAGGGAAAAGGACGUUAUCUGCAAACCAAAGCCAAGAGACAAUCGCAGAGCCAGUCCCUGACCCAACAAUAAUGAUCUACGAUGGAGCCUGCGAACACAGAGAUAAGGGCCUUCAACCCAACGCCGGGGGCCAAACCCCUCACUAAAGAUAGGGUUACGUUGAUGUAUUAUAUAUCAUGUUAAUUUAUUCCGUUGUUUGUGCACCAAUACGGAACGUAUCUAUCAAUGGGAACGCAUUGUGUGUGUGACGAGCACUAGAAAUUAGACAACACUCAGUAGGUAGCAGUAAUCAGUAUUCGGAUUAGAAGACUGUCGUGACCCGUCUUGGGCGCUGUCAUAAGGGUGUAUCCACCCCGCCGUCCUCAUUUCCAAGCUUCACUGAAAAGAAAAAACUAUCUGGAAAGGGGGAGAAGCAAAUGUAUAAAAAAAAUAUUCACCUUGGCCUGCAGAGUCUGACAGGUGGCAAUGCCCGUCAUACUCACCCAUUAAGGUCAAUGGGAGUACGCCGGAACUGCGAGCCAAACACUUGGCUCAUGGUUGCAGUGUGGGAAUUUUAAUACAAAAUGCCCCUUGAGAAUAAAAACCAGACAUUUAGGAGGCAGCAGGAUCGCCUCCUAAACGCUUGUCAGCCCCCUGCUCUACCACCUGCUGAAAAGCAAUCCACUACAGAUCAGCGAUGAGCACUGCAGCUCAUGUGAAGGAGCCCCUGGAGGCUCCAUGCAAUAGACAAAUUCACCUUGGUCUCUCCCUCAGUAAAUAAUGAUCUGGUUCCAUGAAAUGGACGAAUGCACCUUGGUCUCUCCAUCAGUAAAUAAAGUGCCAUGAUUUGGACUAAUGCACCUUGGUCUCCCUCAGUAAUUAAUAAUCAGGUUCCAUGAUAUGGACAAAAAUACAUUGGCUCUGGUUCCAUGAGGAGGAUGAAUGCACCUUGGUAUCUCCCAGAGUAAUUUAAUAAUCCGGUUCCACAAUUAGGACGAAGGCACUUUGGUCUCUCCCUCAGUAAUUAAUAAUCCGGUUCCAUGAUGAGGACGAAGGCACCUUGGCCCCCCCCUUUCGGAAUUUAAUAUGCUGGUUCCAUGAUGAGGACGAAGGCACUUUGGUCUCUCCCUCAGUAUUUCAUAUUCUGGUUCCAUGAUGAGGAUAAAGGCACCUUGGUCUCUCCCUCAGUAUUUAAUAAUCCGGUUCCACGAGAACGAAGGCACCUUGGUCUCUCCCUCAGUAUUUAAUAAUCCUGUUCCAUGAUGAGGAUGAAGGCACCUUGGUCUCUCCCUCAGUAUUUAAUAAUCCUGUUCCAUGAGGAUGAAGGCACCUUGGUCUCUCCCUCAGUAUUUAAUAAUCCGGUUCCAUGAUUAGGAUGAAGGCACCUUGGUCUCUCCCUCAGUAUUUAAUAAUCCUGUUCCAUGAGGAUGAAGGCACCUUGGUCUCUCCCUCAGUAUUUAAUAAUCCGGUUCCAUGAUUAGGAUGAAGGCACCUUGGUCUCUCUCUCAGUAUUUAAUAUUCCGGUUCCAUGAUGAGGAUGAAGGCACCUUGGUCUCUCCCUCAGUAUUUAAUAUUCUGGUUCCAUGAUGAGGACGAAGGCACCUUGGUCUCUCCCUCAGUAUUUAAUAAUCCUGUUCCAUGAUGAGGAUGAAGGCACCUCGGUCUCUCCCUCGGUAUUUAAUAAUCCCGUUCCAUGAGAACAAAGGCACCUUGGUCUCUCCCUCAGUAUUUACUAUUCUGGUUCCAUGAUGAGGAUGAAGGCACCUUGGUCUCUCCCUCAGUAAUUGAUAAACCGGUUCCAUGAUUAGGAUGAAGGCACCUUGGUCUCUCCCUCAGUAUUUAAUAUUCUGGUUCCAUGAUGAGGAUGAAGACACCUUGGUCUCUCCCUCGGUAAUUAAUAAUCCGGUUCCAUGAUGAGGACGAAGGCACCUUGGUUUCUUCCUCAGUAAUUGAUAAUCCGGUUCCAUGAUGAGGAAGAAGGCACCUUGGUCUCUCCCUCAGUAUUUAAUAUUCUGGUUCCAUGAUGAGGUUGAAGGCACCUUGGUCUCUCCCUCAGUAAUUGAUAAUCCGGUUCCAUGAUGAGGAUGAAGGCACCUUGGCCUCUCCCUCAGUAUUUCAUAUUCUGGUUCCAUGAUGAGAAUGAAGGCACCUUGGUCUCUCCCUCAGUAUUUAAUAAUCCCGUUCCAUGAUUAGGAUGAAGGCACCUUGGUCUCUCCCUCAGUAUUUAAUAUUCUGGUUCCAUGAUGAGAAUGAAGGCACCUUGGUCUCUCCCUCAGUAUUUAAUAUUCCGGUUCCAUGAUGAGGAUGAAGGCACCUUGGUCUCUCCCUCAGUAAUGAAUAAUCUGGUUCCAUGAUGAGGAUGAAGGCACCUUGGUCUCUCCCUCAGUAAUUAAUAAUCUGGUUCCAUGAUGAGGACGAAGGCACCUUGGUCUCUCCCUCAGUAUUUAAUAAUCCCGUUCCAUGAUGAGGAUGAAGGCACCUUGGUCUCUCCCUCAGUAUUUAAUAUUCUGGUUCCAUGAUGAGAAUGAAGGCACCUUGGUCUCUCCCUCAGUAAUUAAUAAUCCGGUUCCAUGAUGAGGACGAAGGCACCUUGGUCUCUCCCUCAG